CUUUUUUUGCCAGCCAAAAAAGGUACAUUGGGUUUCACGUUCAUGAGAAAAAGGUCCGCUUGACGCAGAUGCGUUCAAAGGCGGAAAAUGCCAACGCUUGCUCUUGCUUGUCUAGCUGGACUCCACGGCGCACGUGCGUGCUCGCACGGCCCGGUCGUGAUCCACGUGCUCCUAGCGCAGGGGCUCGACGUCGACGAGCCGCCGACGAACCGCCGACGGGCCAGGACAGCCCACCACCAGCAGCUCAAAGACGACGGUAGACCGCGAUCAUGUGGACGAGCCAAUCCCGGCAGCCGCGCGGCGUCGGCCUCGGGUAGUCGUGCAGGACAGAGUGAAGCGGGGUGGCCAGAGAUUGAGAUUAUGUGCUUUUACAAACUAUCAUUAAAGACUUGA